UUGUUGGAACAACACCGCCCCGAUUGCUUAGUCGCCGACGCCUUCACCUGGACCACGGAAUUGGCGGCAAGACUGGGCAUCCCUAAGGGGAGAGGGGAUGCGGACAAUUCCUACGGCGUUCUCGUCAACAGUUUCUACGAAUUGGAACCUCUCUACGCCGACCACUACAGAUCAGCCGUAGUGAAACGGGCCUGGUAUGUCGGCCCCGUUUCUCUUUUCGCCGACGGCGCGGGGGAGAAAGAAAGCAGAGGGAUGGUUACAGUGACGGAAGCUGCUACAGUCUCGGGACAGGGGUUUGUUUGGGUUGUGAAGAGAAGGGAAGAUCAGCCGGAGGGAUUUGAGGAGAGAGUCGAAGAGCAAGGAUUG